UCAUGUAUGCUUUGUUGAGUUGGGUGUUGGCGAGGUGGUGAUUUUGGAGAGACGAAGAGAGAGAAAAGGAGAUGUCGUACUUGCUACCACACUUGCACUCAGGAUGGGCAGUAGAUCAAGCUAUCCUCGCUGAGGAAGAACGUCUCGUCAUCAUCCGCUUCGGCCAUGACUGGGAUGAAACCUGCAUGCAGAUGGAUGAAGUGUUGGCCUCAGUAGCAGAAACAAUUAAGAAUUUUGCCGUGAUAUACCUUGUGGACAUAACGGAGGUGCCUGAUUUUAACACAAUGUACGAGCUGUAUGACCCCUCUACAAUAAUGUUCUUCUUCAGGAACAAGCACAUAAUGAUAGAUCUUGGCACCGGGAACAACAAUAAGAUCAACUGGGCCCUUAAGGACAAGCAGGAAUUUAUCGACAUCGUUGAAACUGUUUAUCGUGGUGCCCGGAAGGGUCGGGGUCUGGUGAUUGCACCAAAAGAUUAUUCCACAAAAUACCGCUAUUGAGCAUUUUUGCAGAAUACAUGUGGUGGAACUCUUAUCACAAGUGUAUUAUUAUCAAACUCGAUAAGUUUGGUCUACACUCUUUCCCAUGGAUUAAUGUUGACAAUGAAUGUUCUAUUGUUGUAACUGUUGCUUGAGCAAGCGGGUGUACUCAUAAGUUCUAUCAUAAUGCUGGUUUGUUUUUAAA